GACUACGCUUAGUUCUUGGACCUCUAAUCCACCAGGAAGUAAGAGACCGUCGCUCGAACUCGAAACCGAGAUUCAAACACAGGCAAAGCGGAAGCGAUUAGUGGCCGCGCUGUCGCAAGCAUUGGAAAUCGAGGAGUCACCAAGGAAAAGAGAACAUCCUUUAUCAUUGUCACAACUACAACCAGAACAAGACCCUUGGUCUAAAACUGAAUCAGAUGAACUACAAGAUCUAGAUGAGGCCUCUUCAGAAAAAGGUGGUCGCAUUUGUGCUGCAUUUUGGGUUAAGGCUUGAAAGAUUUCAUUUUUACAAGCCUUCUGGCUGCACUGGAGAUUGCUACGAAAAAAUGAAUUGCGAAAUUGUUUCGUCAACCUCUAAUUGGGGACGACCAGCAUGUCAUCAUACGCCCUAUUGGCGCAUCCGCUGUUUCCAAUGCGGGGAAGCCAUACCCCCGCCGUGCUGCGAUUGGGUACUUAAUAGGCACGAACCGGCCAUAGAAGUCGACAACAAGCUGAGAAGUCUCUCGAAAUCUACUGCGGCCGCACAGGGACGUCAACAGAACCUCUUAGAGAGGAAAGCCGACCAACAGCAGAGCAGUUCGGAGCUGAGCAGAUCAGGGACAGAAGACGACAAGAACCAGCUGGACGCUGACAUUGCUAGUAAAGACGAUCAACGUAGAGGGUCAGCCGGAGGAGGCUCAGCAACGCGAAAGAACAUGCCAAAAGCGCC